AUGGCUGAGGCGACCCAGCUGCAGCAGCCGCAACAAACAGAGGCUUUGGAGAGGAAGGAGGAUCUGUGUCAGAACUCUGAGGACCGGGAUGAAGACCAGGACCAGUCCAGCACAGAGGGCUCCACAGAGUCCGAAGAUAGCUCUGAAGAGGGCUCCACAGCAAGCCGGACCCCCACCCGUCCCCUGCUCUCCAUCAGGUCUCAGAGUACAAUGGACAUGGAGGAUGACUCUCCGAAUAUGAUAGUCUACAGAAAGGUAAGACAAGCAGGAACAAUCACAUGUGACAUCAUUCAGAUUCAGAUGAUUUCUUAA